AUGCAAGAGCCAGGCUCCCCUGAGGGUGCGCCUGGGCCUGCGCCAGGGGCCGGGGCUGAGGCUGGGGAGGCCUCCGGGCCUCCAGAGGAGGCCCCCAGUGUUGGGGAGGGCGUCCCGCACCAGGCUGUGGGGACUUCGUGGGGCCGGGACAGAGGGCCUGGUGCACGGCCGCCCCCUGUGAGCAGCGUCAGGGUGGCCCUGGCCCUGGAUGGGAGGGCUGGGGGGCCAGGCGAGGUGGGAGCCCGCCUGCCUGGGGCAGCGGCCUGGCUGGGCCUGGGGAGCUCAGCCUGCCUGCCUUCCGCGGCCGUGGGCCCCCCGUCAGCCCGAACGCUCCCGAGGCCCCGGAAGAAGCGCACCGUGUACCUCAAGGAGCAGCUGCAGGAGCUGGAGAGACACUUCUGGGCCAACCGGUACCCGAGCUACCAGGAACGCGUGGCCCUGGCAGCCGGGCUCAACCUGGACGAGCACCAGGUGCAGGUGUGGUUCAAGAACCGCCGGGCCAAGCACUCCAGGCUGCCCAAAGGGCGAGGUCGGGGAGCCAGCCCAGCGGCGCCCGGGGGCCGCGGAGCCGGCGUCCCCCAAUGUGUCCCUGCCCCUCCCCCCGUCCUUGUUCCCGCCCGUGUCCCUGAGCACGCCCCGGUCGGGGUCCCUGUCCCUGCUGGCCCCGCGUUCCCUGGGGGCCCAGGCGCCUGUCACCCCGCUCCGCACAGCCCCCGGGGGGGGGGCCGGCGCCCCCCCCGCGGCAGAGCCCGGCACCUGCAGCCUGAGCGCCGCCCCGCGGGCCCAGCAGGGCUUCCAGGGGUCCGUCCAGGCUGCACCAACCCCGGCUCCCGCCCCCGCCCGGCUUCAGGGAUGCUCCGGCUCAGACAUCUGGCCAGACGCCGGCUGCGUACUAGCCCCCAAUUUCACAGCGGUCGUCUCCCCCCAAGACCCCUUGGAGGGAUCCCCUUUCCCCUUGAUGGCCCAGUCCCAGGAGGGAGAAGACCCUGCAGAGGACACAGACUCGGACUCUGCUACUGAAUCUAUAGGCGAAUCUGUCUCCGAAAAGCCCUGCAGUUCCCACGGGGCCAGAGGGGACUAGGGUGUCGUCGGCUUGCGCGCCCGUCGCGUCCACGUGGGUGCGGACCUGGCCGGGGGGUCGGGCUGCA